GCGAAAGCAUAACCCCUCUCUCUCUCUCUCUACCUCUUCCUCGAAUUUGUCUCCGGCGUCGCGAGAUUUUUCACCGGUGCUCCGAUCCCGUGUUUCCGGAAUUUCAAUGGCGAGUCCAAGAGUCGUAUCUGAAGAUAGAAAGUCUGUUGACAUCGAAAUCGUCUCCGUCGGAGCUCUCUAUACCGGCUCAUGGGAUAAGAAGUACUGGAGUUCAUCUAGGGGAAAAGAUCGUUUCCCUUAUCCUGUAGGCUACAAAGCUGUUCGAGCUCACAGUGGGAACACAUAUUACAUGGAGAUUGAAGAAGGUGCCAAAGGACCUUUAUUUCUGAUUAGAUAUUUGGAUGAAUCAUGGACGGGACAGACCCCGGAUAUUGCAUGGGGAAAGCUCCAGAAGACGGACUUCUCUCACUUAAAAAUAUGGCAUGGAAAACGGUUUACAUGUAAGAUGGGCGGCAUGGAGUUUUUUGGCUUCAAAAACCCGUUGGUUCAGAGGUUGCUCCGGGAACUUGUGACCAAUUCCCAUGGAAUGGUAGAAUCUAGCCCCAGCAGUAGGGCCUCUCAUAUCCGGGUCAACGAUGAAAGGCCAGUCAUGUGUGCUAAUCCAAAUUUAUUAUGUUAUCUGGACAUGCCAGUGGCUAGAAAGAAGAGAAGCAGAAAACCUGGAAUAACAUACCAGAAUUCAGUAGCUAAAAGUGUCCAUAAAAAGCCAAGAUUUCAAGACUCAUUAACUGGUGGCGAGAUUUUAAAUUCAGCACCAGUGUCAAUCUGUUCAGGAAAAGGAGAAGUGGAGACAGUUGGUCAGCAAGUUGCACUACCAGAGCAGUUUCAUUCUAAUCAUGCUACAAACGAAUAUUCAUCUCUGCCAUCAGAAAAGCCACCACAAAUGAAAAUUUUCAUCCCUAUUCAAGAAACAAACCGGCUUCCUGACAGCUGUAAAUCAAAGCCAUUAUCCAAAUUUUCUGAAGAGUUUCAUGGGUUGCAAGAAAAGGAAAACAAACCCAACGAUGAUAAUUUUCUGCAUGAGAGCCCAAACAUGACUGCUUCCAGUUUUUGUGCACCUGAUACCUUGGAUUUCCUGCAAGAUAACACCGCAAGUUCUGCUCCAAAAAUAAAUGAUGAUACAAGUUGCAUGAAAAAGGAAGAAUUGACACAUGCUAACAUGGUAGUUGGUGAAGGGAUUUUAGCUGAACCAAAUGCAGAGGAUUUAGCUGACUCUACUUUGAAUCUGACUUCUAAAAAAAGUGAUUCUGAUUUAGUUGAUCAGGAAACUGCCAAAACAAUGAUGUCAUUACUACUUCCUCAAGCAAUUCCACUGCUCAAGAAGACCUCAAGCAAGAAGCCCCCAAGAAAUGAUAUGUCAGACAACUGCAAAACGAGCCAACUUAAUGAUGCGUCAGGAACUGCUGUGUCACUGGCGAUAAGAGAAUCUAGUGGAGAUGAUGAGAAUAUGCAAGUUGUUGCUCCAGAUUCCGAUCAGGAUUUUGCAAGCAAUGUAUCCAUUGCUCCUGACAGUUUUGAUGAGUCUCACUUGGUUGGUCCUGGGAGUGGACAUAUCAUCUCUUCUUCCCAGGAAGUCUAUCCAGCAGUCCUUCCUAAAAUGCCCAUAGACGAGGACCAUGUUCCAAUAGUAAAUGAUCUAUCGGUUUCUGCUUUGGAAGAGAAUAAUCAAGAAGAAUAUAUGAAGAGGUUCAUGUCAAUACCACACUGUACCAGCUCAGUUAACAUGAUUUUAUCCCAAGAAUCUAAGGAACGCUGUGCAGCAGAAGGAAACUUGUUGCAAAAAGAACACCACUCCGAAAACAAGGAACCAAAGAGCACAUUUUGUUCUACUGAAGGUAAUGGUUUUCCGGUCGACACAACCCCUACUGAAGCUUGUUCAGUUAAAAAGGAAAAUCAUAAGGUGUAUAUCAGAAAAAGAGUCUCGACCAAUCAACAUCGAAUAAACAGAAAUUUAUCCUCUGAAAGUAAAAACAGUUGCAGAAAUACUGGAGAAGAUGAUUCCAUAAGGAAUAUGUCUCCGAUUAAUUCCUCACGUAUCUUGGAGCUUCAGCCGACCUUGUCUACCAACUCAGUAUCAGAUAGAACGAAUCCUCUGGGUAAUGAAAGCGGUCAUGUAACAGAACAAUACCAGGGUCCUGAGUUAGUGAAGGUGAAUAACAACACAUUCACCAAUGUAAAAAGCAAUGAGGCGUGUGUGGUACCACAAGAUACAAGGUCAGCUCAUGCUUUUGGAAGUGCAAGUAUAUCAUCAUCCUCAUUUCCAGCUUCAAAAUUUGAGGAUUGUCAAGCCAAUAUUGGUGAGGAAUUGGGCAUCCAAGUCUCUGAACCACCUUCUACAGAGUCUCAGUAUAAGGAAAAUACUAGCGAGAAAUGCACGUCUGUGCAGGAAUUUCCAGCUAGUUCAAAUUUAAAGCUCAACAGAGAUGUAAAGAUCAACAAUGAGAUGGAAAAAACUGUUGAGCUGCUUGGCUGCUACUUUCAUCCCAUGCCUGUUUCAUCAGUAUUACUCAGGACUGUUGGAAAUGAAAUCUAUAUUUUGGUGUUGAGCUUUGCUACAGAAGAUAGAGUUAGGACCCUGUUUAUGUACAAGAUGUCAGCUGAGGCACCAAGCAAAGGAUUCCCGUCUAUCAUUGGUCACACUCCUGCCAUACUCCCCAUUGUGGAUGACAAAUCUAGUGGAAAUGGAACACUCGAGAUAUCUAAUUUGCACUUCACUCCAGACGGGCUGCAUCUUAUUUUAACUGGCAACAUCAAAACACCUUAUUGCAGGAAGAGGGAAACUGAUUGCUCGUGUUUGAUUUGUACAUCAGCCUGUUUUGAGGAGAAUGCAGUGAGGAUUGUCCAGGUGAAAACUGGUCAUGUUUCUCUUGUGACAAAACUUCAAGCAGAUGACAGUGUGCAGUGUGUGGUGGUGUGCGAUCCUAACAAUCUCAUUGCAGCUGUUAAGAGUGGAAACCUUAUUGUCUGGGCCAUGAACUCGCAUUGGAGUGGUCCUACCGAAGAAUAUGUUAUACUCGCAAAUCCUUGCAUAUCAUCAUGCAUCAUGGAACUGAAGAAGAUACCAAAAUGUCCUCAUCUCGUUAUUGGGCAUAAUGGUAUAGGAGAAUUUACAAUAUGGGAUAUCUCGAAGCGAAGCCUAGUAUCAAGAUUUGUAUCUCCCAGCAAUUUGAUCUUUGAGUUCAUUCCGACGAGCUUGUUUGCAUGGCACCCUGUACAUAGUCAUUCUACAAUCGAGGAUAACGUUGACAUGAUUUUAGCUGCAACAAAAUUAUGGUUCUCAAAAGGGGUCAACAACAAAACAUUGGUUCCAGCUGAAGUCAAAGACACUGCUAUUUGGCUUUUAGUCUCUACUGAUCUUGACUCAGAUGCUAAAUGUGACCGUGUAGAAAGUCCAGUUAGAUGUUGGAGACUUGCUCUCCUUGUGAAAGACCAACUCAUAUUGGGAAGUCAGUUGGAUCCGAGGGCUGAUGUUGCCGGUACAAUAUCUGGCCAUGGAGUAGCAGGCACACUUGAUGGACUUGUGUAUAUGUGGGACUUAUCCACUGGCACUAAACUCGGCUCUCUCCAUGAUUUCAAAGGUCAAAGAGUUUCAUGCAUCAGUACUGAUGAUUCCAGAAAUAUAUGCAUAGCAAGUGAAGAUGGUCAGCUCCUAGUUUAUUGCCAUCCGGAAAAGUAAACUCAAAAUCAAUCAAGGAGGGUAACAACAAAAAGAUGUUUUGCCAAAAUGACUUCAAUUGGCUUGGUUACAUUUUUAAGUCAACUAAGUUUUUAUGCUUGUAAACUUUUACCAUAUGGCUUACAAGUUGAGAAUUUUCUAAUCUAGUUAAAAAAAAUUGUACGAAGAUGUAAAUGAUAAAUGAUGAUAAAUAAAUCUUUUAUGUAUAUUCGUUGCUACAACUUACA